AUUCAGUAGAGUGCGGUGAGCCAGAGUCAAAACAUGAAGAGCAACCCUGCUAUCCAAGCCGCCAUUGACCUCUCCGCGGGGGCCGCAGGUGGGACUGCGUGCGUGCUGACCGGGCAGCCCUUUGACACCAUGAAAGUGAAAAUGCAGACGUUCCCCCACCUGUACCGGAGCCUCGUGAACUGCUGCCUGAAGACGUACCAGCAGGUGGGAUUCCGGGGCUUCUACAAGGGGACCAGCCCGGCGCUGAUCGCCAACAUCGCCGAGAACUCAGUCCUCUUCAUGUGUUACGGGUUCUGCCAGCAGAUCGUCAGGAAGGUCGUUGGGCUGGAGAAGAACACAAAGCUGAGCGAUCUGCAGAACGCCGCGGCGGGGUCUUUCGCCUCUGCGUUUGCGGCCCUGGUUCUCUGCCCCACGGAGCUGGUGAAGUGUCGACUCCAGACCAUGUAUGAAAUGCAGGCAUCGGGAAAGAUAAUAGAAGGCCAGAACACAGUUUGGUCCGUAGUGAAGAGCAUUAUGAGCAAGGAUGGUCCCCUGGGCUUCUACCACGGGCUCUCGAGCACUCUGCUCCGAGAAGUUCCUGGCUACUUCUUCUUUUUCGGCGGAUAUGAGCUGAGCCGGUCGUUUUUUGCAUCUGGGAGAUCCAAGGAGGAACUAGGCCCCAUCCCACUGAUGUUAAGUGGUGGUGUCGGAGGAAGCUGCCUGUGGCUUGCUGUCUACCCGGUGGACUGCAUCAAAUCCAGAAUCCAAGUCCUGUCCAUGUCAGGAAAGCAGGCAGGCUUUAUGGGGACGUUCGCCAGUGUGGUGAAAAACGAAGGGGUAACAGCCUUAUAUUCUGGACUGAAGCCUACUAUGAUCCGAGCAUUCCCUGCCAAUGGGGCCUUGUUCCUGGCCUAUGAAUAUAGCAGGAAGUUGAUGAUGAGCCAAUUUGAACCAUACUGACAACACGUCCUUGUAGCAAAGUCUGUUUGUUGGGGGCAAGGCUACAGUUCAUCUCAGGUUUUAACUGAGGACAUGAGGAAAUAAUCUGACUUCAUGGGUCUCUCUCUGUUGCUCUCUGUUUCUGUUUCCUUAGAAGAACUGACAACUUCAACAUCCACCAAACAUUACCCUCACCACUGGUGGGACAGAGAAGAAAAGUCUUACUUGCAGCAUGGGGGAUGUAAAUGCCAGCCUUCUCUUUCAAUUUUUCCCCCAUAAAGUGGCUGCAUCCAACAAAUCUACCCCAUAUCCCUUUCCCGUUCCACUCCCACCCUCAGAGGUGGGUGGGACUUGGGGAGUGUUUGUCUCUGCAGUUGUAAAUAAUUGUUUCCAACAAGCUCACUUCAAAUUUCCAGCCUCUUUACAAGGCCUGGUAGGUAUGAGAUCUGGAACAGUCCCUUGUUUUCUUGUGAAACUUUAUUCCUUCUCCCGUGGCACUGAGAAGCUCAACUCCUCGCUCCUUCAGUCUGCUAGCAGGCUGGGCUUCAAGCCCCAACCUCACUUCCUCAUCCUGUCUCUGCGAGAUUCAGAACAACCAGCAAGGGGCUGGCCAAGCGGCUCAUCUUGUCUGGAAUUCCCGGGCUAAGGGUCUGUUUAGGAAAGCAGAAAGGUCUUCCAUUUUGUUGUGCAGCAGGCAGCGGUCCGGGAGGCUGAAUAACCCCACCCACCUACUCCUUCUGUCCCUCAGAGCGACUUGGAUGGGAGGAGGACGGGACUCUGUGUGGAGUUGAGCAUGCCCCAUGCCAAAAGCCUUUCCCUUGAGCAGAAGCAGAGGGGAUCCUGGGAUCUGACUUUGCCCUACCUUGACAUGGCUGAUGUUGAAGCCACCUGCUCCCCUCAGACAGUAUCAGUGCAGUAACUUCCCUUUCAUUCUACAUCGGAGGGAGUGGGUUCAGUAAACGGCCUUCACUUCAGCUUCACAUGGGCUGCUUUCAGUGUCUUUGAUUCUCGAAACCUUGUGAAAAGGGGACCAGAGGACUGGUGAGACCUUCUACCUGGGCUCAUUGGGCCUCUCUGAUGGAGGGAGGGUCAUGGAGUCACUUGUGGAACACAACUUACCUUUUCCUUGACUGGCAUCCAGUUCCCCAAACCAGGCUAAGUGAUGGCUGAGGUUGGCUUGCAAUCACCUGGAGGCAGAAGCUGAUGGUGAAGUGAGAGGUGCGUGAUCGGAAAGCCAGAUCCUGGCACCUGCAACCUGUCCUCUCUUGAGGCCUAAGCUAUCCUACUGCCCAAGAGUGGGGAGACCCUUCUGAAACUUUCCAAGUCCUUAUUUCCAUGGGCCCUCAGUUCUGGGUAUUGUGCCAAAUUUCAAUACCGAGGGGGAACUAGCAAAGACGGAAAUAGAGGAACACCACAUCUGAGAGGAGUUGCAGGGCAGAGUUCUAGAAGCAGCAGCCUCCGUUACCGUUAAUAGCCAAAGAGACAGCAUCCCCUCCAGCCCUCCCCAUCCCUGGCCAUAAAGUGAGGAGGAAGGAAAAGGAAAAUCUAACGCUACUGUUUGAUCAGAUGAUGAAAGGAUCCAGAACCAAGCCUAAAGCCAUUGAGAGGGCACAACUCGCUCAGCUUCCUCUUGAGAUGUUCCACAGUCCCCUGGGAUUUGUCGGGGGCUUAAGAGUGCCCGACCAUUGCCAAAUGAAAAUGAGGACAAGUAGGGUGGGACCAAGAGAGGGGAGGCAGAGGUUCACCCUGACCCCCUCCAAAAAAAAAAAAAAGAGGAGACAGCCUCAUCCCAACCACCUGCUCAAAUGCCUCUGUGGUGGAUCUCUGUCAGUCUUACCCAGAUGCUUGACAGUACAGUGGGGCCCGGAGCACCCGCCUCAUCAAUAUUCUGCCGGGCCCAAAGGAGGAGACAACCAAGUCAGAAUACAAUGUCGCUCAGUUCAUUUCUUUCCAGUCCAGUUGAUGGAUGCCGAUGCAGAAUUAGAACAACUUUAAAUUAAUUUAAGAUUAUAUUUUAGACAGGAAUGUAGAGACUGUUUAAAAAUGUCACACUGGAAUUCUUGUCAUUAAAUUAUUUCUCUAAUAG